GUGUGGCCGCUACAGCGGUGCGAUUUAAGAGCAGCAAGAAGGAGCCGAGGGAGAGACCCACUGAGAGAGGGGGGUGAGAGAAAAGCAGGGGGCUUCGGGGCCAAAAUUAAGGAGCCAGCGGUCGGGUUGGCUGGGAUGGAGCCGAGCGUUUUCACUCUAAACAGCGAAUGCGGCGUUUUAGCAGCGUCUGUAUAGUGUUCACUCCGGUUUGCCUGCGUUUCGUCGAGAGCUGAGCGAGUCUGCAGCCGCUCCGUCCUCGCGCACAGAGCCGUUAACGUUAGCUUGCUUGGCUAGCUGCUGUUGCUAAGCUCGGCUAGAAAGAAAUGCUAGCUGGCCUCGCCGCUGAAGGAGGAAAAGAAAGGUAGCUAGCCAAGUCCGAGCGAGAGAGACAUUUUCUUUUUCUUUCAGCAAACCUGAAAGUGCGUUAAAUCACAGUAAAAACUGUGACACUGUCAGUUUUUCCUCCGACCUAACGUUAGUCUUCCGUCUCGACUUGGCAAUAUUUAAAAGAACUGUUUGUCGACGACACGUUUACAGAAAGUCAACGGACAGUACAGUCAGCUUUGUUUUUUUGUACAAAAGCUGUUGUUUUUUAAAUUAGCUUAACGAGCUUUUAUGGUCGGUUUCCUCCACCAGUGUUACUGUCGUCGUCGACUUUUACACAGUGUUUACCUGCGGUAUCAAGAACCACACGAGAGUGUGAUUUUUUUUACCUAUUUGCGGUUUAUUUAUUUUAAAAUUCGCGCUGAUCAACCCAGCGGACUCGGGGCUAACAGUUUUUGAGGAGACACUUUGUGAGAUCUUGUGUUGGGAGUACUUAAUGUAGUUAGCCGAGGCUGUGUGUUUGGAGCCUGUACGCUUUUUUAAUCUCUGUUCAUUUAGGUUACGUUACUUGUGUUUUCAAGUCUUCACGCUUCGUCUCGCUUGAAGCUUUCUUUUCUUGUGCGUUCAUUUUCGAGCACGACCCCUUGUGUGUGUGAGUGGGGUUUUUUUCGUUCAGUUGGUGCAUGUGGUCGCAUUUUUCCUCCUUCUUCUCGGCUCCUCGCUGUUUUGCGGUCGUCCUCCAUGCCCGCUCCCGCAGCAGUUUUCACUCUCUGCUACCUAACUAACAUUUUUCUCCGAGUCUGAAGGAACUGCAUGUGCCUUUUAAUCCUCCUUAGGAUCGUCAGUCGUACAUUUUUUCGUGGGACUUGGUACAUGAUCACGGACCCGGGCACUUAGCUAAACUCCAUUGCAAUUUUUUGCGAGGUCUCUCUAAAGAAAGCAUGGACGAUCAGACCCGCAUGCUUGGUCUAGGCGGGGGACUCGGCGCCCUAUCCCAGGCCGACGUGGGCGACCCAGACUCCGCCAGGAAGCAGCAGGCUCUCGGUCAGCCGCAGCAAGACAUAGGGGACAUCCUCCAGCAGAUCAUGGCCAUCACGGACGAGAGCCUGGACGAGGCGCAAGCACGAUGCUGGCAAGAGGAAGGACCAACCGAGUGGGGCGGAAGAGGUGACCCCACAGAGGGAGGGGCAGCUGGGGGGGGCACAGUAGGGGGUGCCCUGCCUCUCAACUUCCAGCACAGGAAACACGCCCUGAACUGUCACAGAAUGAAGCCUGCUCUCUUCAGUGUGCUGUGUGAGAUCAAAGAGAAGACUGUAUUGAGUAUUAGAGGGGUGCAGGAGGAGGACCCCCCUGACCCUCAGAUCAUGCGCCUGGACAACAUGCUGCUAGCUGAGGGUGUGUCUGGCCCAGAGAAAGGUGGCGGAUCAGCUGCAGCCGCGGCAGCUGCAGCCGCGGCAGGGGGGUCACCCAAUGAUGGAAGCAUCGAGCACUCAGACUACAGAGCCAAACUCGCACAGAUCCGCCAGAUCUACCACUCGGAGCUGGAGAAGUACGAACAGGCUUGCAGUGAAUUCACCACCCAUGUGAUGAAUCUGCUGCGGGAGCAGUCACGUACACGGCCCAUCUCACCCAAAGAGAUCGAGCGCAUGGUGGCCAUCAUCCACCGCAAGUUCAGCUCCAUCCAGAUGCAGCUCAAACAGAGCACGUGUGAGGCAGUCAUGAUCCUCCGCUCUCGCUUCCUCGAUGCCAGACGCAAGAGACGUAACUUCAAUAAGCAAGCCACAGAGGUGCUGAAUGAGUAUUUUUACUCUCACCUGUCCAACCCCUACCCCAGUGAGGAAGCAAAGGAGGAGCUGGCCAAAAAGUGUGGGAUCACUGUCUCUCAGGUCUCUAAUUGGUUCGGCAACAAGAGAAUUCGGUACAAGAAGAACAUUGGUAAGUUCCAAGAGGAAGCAAAUCUGUACGCAGUUAAAACAGCGGUGGAUGCUGCAAAUGUGUCUGCACAGGCUAGCCAGGCAAACUCUCCGGCGACACCCAACUCAGGGUCUUCAGGGUCCUAUGGCUUGUCUCGCGCAGGAGACAGUUACCUCAGCCUGCGCUCACUCAACGGGGAGGGCCUCAACAUCGCCCCCUCUCUGCAGCAGCAGGUGGAUACCCUGCACCGUGCUACACACCUGACGGGCGGCUAUGAGGAGCUGUCAGGAAGUGCCCUUUACACUCCACACCACCUAGAUGCCAACAGCAGCUGGCAGGACAACCCCAAGCCCUCCUCCAUCACCCCUCCACCUGGACAUCCCAGCAGCGUCCAUUCGGACACCUCCACCUGAGACACGGAGCUUCCACCCCCGCCACCAUGCUCACAAUAUGAACUCUUCCACCAGUACAGCCCUGCUUCCUCCUCGAUCUCUGCUUUUGUUACACUGGCAUCUGUUAAAGCUGGCAAACGUUUUUUCCCCCCAAGUUCCACUUUGUCGGUCAGCUCCACUGUGGGCUUUGAUGGGCCACAGACUACAAACAUUCGAACACGUUUUCUGACCCAUUCAUUCAGCCAGUGAAGACCACACAGGAGCUCUUCCCUUCCUGCUGAAACCAAAGUGCUGUCAGCAGUCAAAUCUCCUUUUGUUCAUCAAAGAACAACCUCAGACAACUGAAACGCAAAGACAUGCAAAAUUUCCUCAGUCCCCAUUUAGAGCUUGUUUUGUCAAUGUUUUCCUUUAUGUACUUUAAAGCUGCAUAAGUAAAUUAGGGUAGCUAGUUUUGUUAUUGCAAGAUUCAUGCGCAUUUACGCUCUGUUGCAUUCCGCUGUUCAGAGAAUCAACUAAGCACAAAUAUUAAUGAGUUUUGAGAAGAGUGAGGGUAGAAAUGGAGAAGACAACAGCGUUGUGCGCCUAGAAUGGUUGCGGAGUCAUUUGUAACAGUUACUUCUAGAGAAAUGGAGGGCAGGUCUGAACAGGAGCAGAGGGCAAGAAAAAUGUAACCCUUGCAGCUAGGGGCUACAUUUGCCUCAGUCUGCUGAGUCUUUUAAGAGAAGUAGAGGUUUUGUUCAGUUCUGGUUUUCUUUUUGAUUUUUUUUUUUUGUAAUACACCUUCCCACAAAUAAUGCACCAGCCACCAAAUAAAAGUACACUGUAGACUUUUAUUAGUUUUUCACUUUGUUAGCAAGGGAGUGGAUGGUAUGUGGAGCAGUGCUGUAGAAUUGGGCUGGGAGUUGCUAGUCUUUUUUUUUUUGUUUGUUUUUUGUUUUUUACUUCAAGAGAUAAAUCUGUCUUCCAUGCAUGUAGGCUUCAAAGCUGUUUUAGAGAUUCCAGUUGCGUAGCUUGUCAGUUUGAGAUUUUUGUUUUCAUUGUUAAUUUUACAUAAAGAAAUGCUACAGAAAGAAGAGGAUAUGACAGACCAAAAAAAACAAAAUGAAUAAAUAACCGUAUCAUGCAUCAUGUAUCAUGUACAUGCACACGGUGUACUGCCCCUCCAGGACUCUGCGACCGUGAGGCUUUUUGCAGUACAGCGUGCUUCACUAUGGCUUUGCAUCAGCCCCCAGAUGCAGUGACACACCGGAAAAGAUCCAGUGCUAGCAGACUGCAGUCUUUACCUGUACUCUUCAAAACCAAAAAUGUUAAAUACUAGAUGCUUAUGAGAGUGUCUCAUAAAUGUAGAUGUAAAUUGUGCUUGUUACAGUUUGGGAGGAAGCGGAUACUGUAGGGAAUCGUUUUGAUUUUGUGCUUCUGUAUGUGUUGUCCGAUGGCCUCUCGUGGUACAUAUAUGUGUGUGCGCAUGAGUGUGCACAGGAUAUGUGGGUUUCUUUUUUGUUUUGUUUUUUUUUUUUCUUCUUUUUUUUGGUCUUGUCAGUUAGUUUUUUUAUAACUGAUUGUAUUGUAUGUGCAAUUGAAAGCACCCAUUCCGUAAUAAUAGCAUGCCAUAAAAGCACAUGCCGUCCCUUCUUUUGCUUAGCAUUUUAUGCUUCAUAACACAGGAACUCCUUUCUUUUUUAAAAAAAAAAACAGUUAACAUGGCCAAGCAACAAGGGCUUUUCUCCUUUGAAGUUUAACCAAAAACUAGCAGCAGACAUGUUCUGAAUUUGAAAUAGGUGGACUGCAGCCAACAUUGAGGAAUAACAAACCAAUCUCGAGUAUCGUUUUUCUGACACAGGAGAUAUGGUAUGCUGGGUCGUGUUGUUUUUAACGCUCGUCUAUCGCUCUCUUUCUUUUUAAUACAGUUGGACCAUGGUAGUACCAGGUUUUUGAUACAUGAAUGGAAAUUGUUACACAAAGGACUCAACACUGAGACAUAAGAGGGGUUUUGUUUAUAUGUAUGAAAGAACAAACUCUAAGGACCUUUCUAAGGAUUUACCCAGAUCAUAGUGUCAUGUAUAGAAUAAUUUUAGUUCAAAUAUUUCAUAUGGCUGUCUUAUAACUAAUGCUAUUAUUACACCAAAUUAUGUUUAAUUUUGUUUUGUUUUUUUUUUCUUCCUUUCUCCUUUUUGUACCGGUCAUCUAUGGAUGUCAUUGUACAGAUUGUGGAAUGUUUCAGUGUACUUCUCUUUUUAUAUACUUACAUGUUUUUUUUUCCCUUUUUUUAAUGCCUGGUUUGUUUUGCCUUUACUCUGCUGAUGAGUUAGAGUACUUUGUAAUGUUUAUUUUAAGUUUUGUUUGACUUUAAAUUUGGGUUUUGGAGGUUUUUUUGUGUUUUUUGUUAGAGGUAAUAUUUGUGCAUGGUGCAGUGAGAAAUUUCCUCGUGAUCCCAAAUUAAAUCGCGUACAGUCAUUGCUAAAUAGAUAAUAGCAUCAACCAACAAUAACGGCAAAGAGUUUAGUAAAAGGUUUUUGCUCGUUGCAAUUGAAGGUAGGCACUGAUUGUCUUACAGGUCUUGUAUCCCCUGCCUUGGAUGGCACCUAAUUUGGUAGUUGAGCUAACUGUCAAGCCCUUUAAGUUAAACCAGGGUUAGUUGAAAGGGUUAGUAAAGAGCUUUGGUCCUCCCAGGACUUUGGCCUAGGUUGAAACACUACUUUUUGUAGGGCGCAGCGAUUAGCCAUGCUCUAACGGCACAGUUACAGGUUCUCAAGGGUUCCACACUGGUGUUAGGGUCUAGAGCAGUGCUUCCCAAUUCAGUCCGCAAGAACCCCCUCUCAUAUUGAUGUAUUUUAUCUGUAAUAGACACCUUAUUAAGGGGUGUAGAGUGUUGAUUACCUGGCUCAGAUGCUUCAGGACCUUGAAUACAACAAAAAUAGGGAAUAAUUUGGGUUGCAGAAGACAGGAUUGAGAACCUAGAGCAGUGGUAACUGUAUUACUAGACAAAAAGUUAAUGUGUGGGAUUACGAUGGUUGUAGUUUUGUUUAUGUGAGGUAUUCUUGCUCAUUAUAGCAAGCUCCAUCAUUAACUAUCCCAGCACUUAAGGCAGGGCAUGCACACUGAUACUCCAUCGUUGUGCUUUAAUGUGACUUUCUACACUUCUUGAAGCAGGUCAGAUGUGCAGUCAGAUACGUGUCUGAAACUUUACAGUUGUUGGCGCUUCUUUCAUUUUCAUUGCUAAUCAUGGUGGAAUCAGCAUCACUGCAGUACGAAGGAGCAUGUUUCACACCACAGUUUCAAGUGCAAGUAGCUUCCUGUGAAAGAUGACUGAAAUUUCAUCUCUUGCUGACAUUCACACAUUGCAGUUAGUCUUAAAAUAACUUCACACAAGCUGAAAACAAGCUGAAUGGGAGGAGAGUUCACUCUACGAACACCUUGCAAACACAGCAUAACGGUCGAGGCUGAUAUGCAUGUACCAGUAAAAGCACUGAUUGGAAUUAUCUCACCCACAAAGACUGAUCCUGGAUCAGAACUUUUGCUCUGAUAUACUUUGCGAAACCCCCCUGUCAGACCAGCUAGACCACUUCAUGAGCCGAGGUUAAUUCUACUGCACCAUAACAAAUGACAAAAAACUUAUACUUUUCUAUUAUUUUCGUAAACUGUAGUAUAUCCUUCUUCCUCCCGUCUUUCCCUCCUUCUGUACUCACCAAUCCCCUUUCUCUACCUCUCCUCUUCUUUCCAUUUCUCUUGUAUAUAAACCUUGCCAUUUUCAGACUUGCUAGUCUGUUAUGAACUCCUUUUAUACCUCAACUUUAGAACUGUUCUAGUAAGAGGAAAAAAAACAAAAGAAAUAUGAGAAUUGUAGUGUUCCUUAUUAGAAAAACAAAAACUAAUAAAAUAA